UGUGUCGGCGGUCACCAUCACGUUAACCUCAAUGAAAACAUAUCACCUCCAGCUAGAAGGCCAGUCCCACAUCUCCGCCGAAUCACCUGACAGCGCUAACCCCCCGCCGAGGCUUACUUCGACGAGUGCAUGAACUGGGAUGUCUGCAGCCGACUGGUACGCCCACAAGUCGCUCGGAGACGGACUCUUCUGGAUCCAGGAGCGUUUCUACCAGUCGGACAACCGGGCUAACAUCUGGCUGCUCCGCGGCACGCACCAGGACGUGGUGAUAGACACCGGUCUGGGCUUGAGGAGCUUGCCUGACUACAUCGACGACAAGGGCCUGCUCGGAAAAGACCCGCAGAGGAAGAACCCGCUGCUGGCCAUCGCCACCCACGCCCACUUCGACCACUCGGGCGGUCUGCAUCAGUUCCAACAGGUGGGCGUCCACAGCGCAGAGGUCGAUGCCGUGGCCAACGGGGACAACUUCGAGAUGGUCACCUGGCUCAGCGACAGGGAGAUCGCCGAGUCUCCAAGUCCAGGAUGGAGGGCAAGACACUACAAAGUCAAGGCUGUGCAGCCUACACACAUACUGCAGGAGGGUGAUGUCAUAAACCUGGGCGACAGACAGCUGACAGUGCUCCACAUGCCCGGUCACUCUCGGGGAAGCAUUUGCCUCCACGAUCGUGACAACAAGUUGCUUUUCAGCGGAGAUGUUGUGUAUGACGGCGCCAUGAUUGACUGGCUGCCCUACAGCCGCGUCAGUGACUACAUCAGCAGCUGUGAGCGUCUGGUGGGGCUGGUGGACAGCGAACAGGUCGACCAAGUCCUCCCAGGGCAUUACAACGCUUUUGGCGCAAAGCGGCUCCAUCGGAUCGCAUCCACAUACAUCAGCAGAGCUGGAACUUGCCCUGCGAAGUUCUCCACAUUUGCCUGGAGAACUCUGGCGGGGUUGGCACUGCGGGCAUCCAACCCACGGAGCGCCUGCUAAUACGAGGGGUGUUGGGAAGAAGCACAAGUGCACAAAGAAAGUUAUUAUAGUGUGGAGGACCUGACAGAGGGUGAGGAGGAGACAUUCACCUCUUUUAUCUUGAUGUAACGCUGUACUUUCACUUAUGUAAUCCAAGAGAAAUAUUUGAGUUGCCAAACCUUGUCUAAAAUGCCCCUUUUUGGGAAACAUAAGUCAAUAAUCAUCAUGACCAUAGCAUUUCUCUAUGCAUACUACAAUGCUCAGUGAAGACUCGGUGUCGACUACCUCCUAUGUUUGUAAUAGUGCUUUGGACUACUGUCGAAUCUACGGCUUUGCUAUUGAAACAUUGACAAUAAAGUCUCUGUUCUGCUAA